AUGGCAUUCGCUGGCACCUGGCAGAUCUACUCCCAGGAGAACCUGGAGCCUUUCCUCAAAGCUCUGGGGUUGCCAGAUGACACUAUCAAAAUGGCCAAAGAUAUUAAGCCUAUUGUUGAAAUACAACAAAAAGGCAAUGACUUUGUUGUGACAUCCAAAACACCCAACAAAUCUGUAACCAACUCGUUCACACUUGGCAAAGAGGCUGACAUCACCACCAUGGAUGGCAGAAAGCUAAAGUGCACUGUGAACUUGGUGAACGGGAAGCUGGUGUCCAAAUCAGAUAAAUUCUCUCACGAGCAGGAAGUUAAAGGAAAUGAAAUGGUGGAG